CAACUUUGUAUGUGAUGGCCGACCAUGCCUUUCAAGCCAUUUCGACCUCCUCUCAUACGAAAGGAUCUAUUAUCAGCCAUCUCAACAGACUCCAAAACGAACGAUAACAACAAUCCUCCUCCCGCAAAACGACUGUGUCUAGAAGAAAAGGACAAAAAUGAAGCAGAUACUACCGCUCCUUCUCCGCUUCUAAAUAACAAUGUCGCGACAAAACUCGUAUCGUGGAAGCCAUUGAACUCCAUUCGGAAUACCUUCAGUGGUGGAGACCUGUCAUCUGAUAACCACAACAAUAAUGCUGACGUGGAAGCCUACUACAAUGUUCUUUGGAGGAAAUUUACUACAAAGAAAAAUAAGACAUGGGAUGGAGACGGGAUUCUGUCAAUUCGUGGAGGAUAUGGCUAUCUCCGUGACGUGUCGGGACGGGAUAUGGGCCGAAUUGUGAUCAAUACUGCUCUGGAACCUGGCUCUAGCCUAUCGAUUGCUGGGAAGGAUGUUGAAGUUGAGUCUUUUAUCCCCAAGGAGGAUUACUUGUCAGGGCGGGAAUUUCUAGGCGGAGCAAAGAAAUCCUCAUCUUCACCUGCAACUCGACCAAAUCCAGCUACGUCGACCCCCUCAAUUACUAGGCAGACCUCCAAGACUCAUGAAUCCUCUAUGCGUAAAAAUGUGUCCAAGAGAGAGCUUCCUGGCGAAAUGGAUGAUUCACAACCUGGAAAAAAAAAGUUAUCUGUAAAGCAUCUCAAUACUGCACCUUCGAGAAGCGCAGGCCUUGGGAAUAUCUUCAAGAAUCCAAUGAAGGACAAAGCGAUUUCAACUUCUCAAUCAACUAGCCAGCCUAUUGCACGUCAUGAUCCUAAAGCUCCUGGGGCUUUGGUGAUGAAGCGACCCAAUGCGGCUCCCAAAGGUAAGGCGAUCGUGGAUGUUGUAGUCGAUCCUCUACUCUCAAGGCAUCUACGCGAUCACCAACGAGAGGGUGUCAAAUUUUUGUACGAAUGCGUUAUGGGCCUUCGAGGGUUUAACGGCGAAGGAGCCAUCUUAGCUGAUGAGAUGGGCCUUGGAAAAACUCUUCAAACAAUAGCACUCCUCUGGACUCUGCUCAAACAAAACCCUAUCUACGAAGCUUCCCCUGUGAUUAAGAAGGCUUUGAUUGUGUGCCCCGUCACCCUUAUCAAUAAUUGGAGAAAAGAGUUUCGCAAGUGGCUUGGUAACGAGCGCAUUGGAGUGUUUGUUUUUGAUAAUAAGCGGAAACGACUAACCGAUUUCACAAUGGGCAAAGCUUACAGUAUCAUGAUUGUUGGGUACGAAAAACUUCGCAGUGUCCAAGAAGGACUGACGAAAGGUCAAGGCAUCGACAUUGUCAUUGCAGAUGAGGGCCAUAGACUUAAGACCGUUCAGAAUAAAAGCGGUCAAGCAAUUCAAUCUCUUAAUGCCACAAAAAGAAUUAUACUCUCAGGUACCCCUAUACAAAACGAUCUGAGAGAGUUCUUUGCUGCGGUUGAUCUCGUGAAUCCUAGCGUCCUUGGCACAUACAAAAACUUCAUGAGAGAAUUUGAAGGCCCAAUCGUCCGCAGCAGACAGCCGGAAGCGACCAAAAAGGAUAUAGAAAAGGGAGAGUCAAGAAGCGAGGAACUAAGAGAACUGACGUCAAUGUUCAUGCUGCGGAGAAAUGCUGAAAUAUUAUCAAAGUACCUACCACCAAAAACGGAAUAUGUCCUUUUAUGUGAGCCUACAUCCACUCAGGCAAAAAUCUAUCGUCAUGUACUUGCGUCUCCUAUUUUCCAGACAGCAAUGGGAAGCAUAGAGGGGGCAUUCAGUCUUCUCACAAUCUUGAAGAAGCUUUGUAACAGUCCUUCGCUUCUAAAUCCAAGAACGAAUGACGAACCACAAAACAAUACAGUCGCAGCAUUGCUAUCCAGCCUGCCUCAAAAUCUUCUUCGGCAGUUUUCACCUUCCUCCAGUGGUAAAAUCAGAGUUCUCGACCAACUUCUCUACAAUAUACGAACAACAUCAACCGAGAAGAUCGUUCUCGUCUCCAAUUAUACGUCAACAUUGGACCUUCUUGCCACGCUGCUAACAUCCCUAUCCUUGCCUUUUCUCCGCCUAGAUGGCUCGACUCCAACAGCCAAGCGACAAUCUCUAGUUGAUGACUUCAACCGUGCCUCGGCGAGCAAUUGUUUCGCAUUCCUUCUAUCUGCUAAGGCCGGUGGCACCGGACUUAACCUUAUCGGAGCCAGCCGCUUGGUUCUCUUCGAUAUUGAUUGGAAUCCUGCCACCGAUAUGCAAGCCAUGGCUCGGAUUCACCGCGAUGGCCAAAAACGGCAUUGCUACAUAUAUCGCAUCAUGCUAAAAGGAGGACUGGAGGAAAAGAUCUGGCAGCGCCAAGUGACAAAAAUUGGCUUGGCAGAUAGCGUCAUAGAAUCAAAAGGUGGCAUGGCUCAAUUCUCACGCGAAGAGCUCAAGGAUUUAUUUCGACUGUAUGAAGGAGAUGGAUGUCAGACCCAUGAUCUCCUGGGCUGUACCUGUGGAGGAAAAGGGAUGCCUACACUUCCAGAAUCCGAUGAGGCUAUUGUUAUCUCUUCAGACGACGAGGAUAUAUCUAGAAGUCCAUCUCUUUCCAUGGGAUAUCCACUGGACAGCGACGGUGAAAUUGAUCUUCCGGAUCUUCCAACUCUUCUAAAAGCCUCCGAACUCGACAUUGAAGAACAAGAGAAACAGAUCCGCCGCGGCACCUAUUCUGUUCGGCAAAGAAACCGGAAGGGAUCAGGUCAACAAACUAGAGACAGGUCUGACAAGAAAGAAGAUGUACCUGAGACAUCCGCAAAGACAAAGAUCCAAAAGUUUCUUUCGCAGUACCUGCAUAUAGAUCCAGCUGCUUUCAAGAAUGAGGAGCUGCGCUUGAAAGAUCAAAUUGGAGAUUCCAUUUUGCAGUCUUUAGUUAGUGAUGAAGAACAUGGGGUGGGGUUUAUAUUCGAAAAGACGGCGUUUCCCACAACCGUUUCGGAUAAAACACGCGAUUCACCUUGAUGACGAAAUCCUACGAUACAAUAUCGACGAUAGUGAUACGUAAACCAGUUCCUCAUAUAACGAAGGAACAAAUAUAGAGUCUAUAAUUCAAUACCCUAUAAGCAUGAGAUCAGUUGAUUAUAUAUGAAUCUAGAAAUAGCUCGAGGGACCUACGUAAUGAAACAUUGCAG